UUUGAAUCAUUUGUUACAGUUAAUAGACUUUUUUUUUUUUUUUUUUUUUUCGUACGUGUAUUAUUUUUUUUAAUAAACUUUAUCAUCAAAUUUAUAUUGUUGUAAAUACAUACAAUUUAUACUAGUAUUAUUAUUAACAAAUAUUUCAAUAAACAAUUACUGCCAUGUCGGAAGAAUUAAAAAUGGAUCAUCGUGCAAGAAAACGUAUAAAAGAAGUUAAGAAAAAAGCAAGACCUGAACUUGCUGAUAAAGCAUCCUGGACUCAACAUGGUUACAUGAAAAAAUUUUAUAAAUUUACUAAAUUUGUUGACAAUGUUGAUCGAAUUGAUGAGUACAAAACAUCAAAUGCUCAAUUUAUAGCUGAUUAUGAGCAACCCUAUAAACCUGUGAUAAUUCAAGGUGUUCAACGUGAAUGGAAAGCCCAAUAUAAAUGGACAGUAGAGAGAUUAGCCAAAAAAUAUCGUAAUCAAAAAUUUAAAUGCGGUGAAGACAAUGAGGGCUAUAGUGUUAAAAUGAAAAUGAAAUACUAUGUACAGUAUAUGCUGAAUAAUGAUGAUGAUUCACCACUUUACAUAUUUGAUAGUUCAUUUGGUGAACAUCCACGUAGAAAAAAAUUACUUGAAGAUUAUACAAUACCAAAAUAUUUUCGUGAUGAUUUAUUUCAACAUGCUGGUGAACAUAGACGACCACCAUAUCGUUGGUUUGUCAUGGGACCAGGAAGAUCUGGUACUGGUAUACAUAUUGAUCCACUUGGUACUAGUGCAUGGAAUGCUCUUAUAUCUGGUCAUAAACGAUGGUGCCUUUUUCCAACUCAUACACCACGUGAGUUACUCAAAGUAAAUAGUAGUGAAGGUGGAAAACAACGUGAUGAAGCAAUAACAUGGUUUAAUGUUAUUUAUCCACGUACAAAAUUACCAACAUGGCCACAAAAUUGUCUUCCAAUUGAAAUUCUUCAGGGACCUGGUGAAACUGUAUUUGUACCUGGUGGUUGGUGGCAUGUUGUAUUAAAUCUUGAUGAUACUAUUGCUGUUACUCAAAAUUUUUGUUCACGAACUAAUUUUCCAGUUGUUUGGCAUAAAACUGUACGUGGACGACCAAAGUUAUCAAGAAAAUGGCUUAAAGUAUUGAGAGUUAAAGAACCAGAAUUAGCAGCAUUAGCAGAUAAAAUUGAUGUUAAAGAAGGUACUGGUGUUGCUAGUGAUUCAUCAAGUGGUUCAUCAAGUAGUUCAUCAAGUAGUUCAUCAAGUAGUCAAUCUGAAGAUAGUGAAGAUGACAGUGGUCAAGAAUCACUCUCAGCUCACAAAAAGAAAAAGAGAAGAAAACUUAAUAAUCAGCCUUGACAAUUCUACAUUAAAAAUGCAACGAUGAAUAAUCUACGACUGUACAGUAUUAAUCAAUUAUUAUUGUUUGUACUGUUAAUAAAUAUUAUAAUAUUAACCAUUUUUCAUUUAAUAGUUUAAUGAAUGCUAGAUAAAGCCAAACUUUCACAAACAUUUUAUUACAGAUAUUAUUUUCAUUUUCAAUUAUUUUUUCUGGCUUAAGUUUUCUUUAUUUUUUUUUCUUUCUUUUUGGCUGUAUAGAUUUCGUUCAAAAGCAUUCAUAUUAUUUUUGUAUAUACAAAAUUAAAAAAAAAAAAAAUUCUAAAAG